AUGGGUGAAUUGGCAGAGACUCCAGAAGAAAACUUCAUGGCUGAGGAACGGCGGGAGCAUCAUGUUUUCCAAGAGCUCCUCAAGUCUGUGGCAGGCCUGGAGAAGCGCUUGAUGCAGGAUGGAGAUGAUGAGGUUGAUGCCAUUGCAGAGGUGCUCACUAAAGGUGCAUCUGGAGCGAGGGGCAAUGAUACCAAAAGUCUCAAAGGCAGCGUGCUAGACUGGAUUACUCCAAAGGGACAGAAUCUGAUUCCUCUUCUUGCUCACAAUGUGAAGAUUGACCUUGGUUUUCAUCAUGAACAGACAGGUGCACUACUUUGUCCUGCUGGGCUGGACUGGUCUCACUCAGAGACAAAAGCCAAGUUACAAAACGGUGAGAUUGUCAUGACUGGAGACCAAUGGCCACUAUUCCUGUAUGCAGAUUACUACUAUGAUCCUGAGGAUUCCUGGAAUGGUCUGUUUCGAAGUGCUCUAUUGGCAACUUGUUUGGGUAAUGCUCGAAUUCAUGGGAUGACCCGAAUUACUCUGCCUUCCAUUGUGUACAUCGCAAUGCAGGUCCAAUUUGCCCUAACCUCAUCACCUGUAUUUUCACGUACAGACACUGUGACCAACUCAGAAAGAUUCUACAACUCUAUGUUGGAUGUAUUUGAAGAUCCAGAGGAGAAACAGGAGACUGAUGACCUUGCAGUGUGGUGGAACAGGCAAAUUUUUCCUUCAUACUCCACCACCCAAUGCCCCCUAGUCAAGAAUAGUGCACUGGCCAGGAUUGGGGAAAAGCGAGCAAGAAUGAAGGAUAUUUUAGCUUAUGAUGGUGGUAGUGGUGAUAUCGUAGCAUAA